AUUUAUUAAAAGAAAAUAAAGAACGUAUCUGUUGAAAACAUAUUCUUCGUGGAAGCAUAAGAAUGCGUUGUUGUUCAGAAAAAUUAAACGAUAUAAGUAAUUUUUAAUUGAAUCGAUACGUUUAUUCAGAACGAUUAUAUACUCUCGAUCGAACUUAUAUUACGUGCAAAUAAAACGUCAAAUGUUUGUUCGACAGAUUGAAAUCGACCGUUAACGUACUCUGAUAUUAAUAACAGACGUUUAGAAUCUUUCCGUGUCUUCAUCAUUUUCUAGAAAAGUUAACAUCUUCUAAGUAAUGGUGAUAAAAUAGACAUUGCAAUCAAUUUAAAUCGAUAUGAUUGAAUGAAUAUUUGUUUUCUAAUGUCAUUUUGCGAUCGUAAAAUAUGAAUGCCAAAUGAAUGUUAAAAAGAAUGUGUUUCUUCGAAAGGUGCAACAUAGUAUAUGUUAUGUAUUUACUAGCUUGGCAACUAUCGGUACAUAUAAAGCGUAUUAUCAGCGACAUAGAUUUACAAUAGUUAUUUGUAUCUAAAUGACAUCAAAUUCGAUUUCGUCAUUUGAUUAUACGUUCGUUCCAUUUAUCUACCAAUGCAGAGGAAGUAUUUAUGAUUGUACCUAUUUAUGAUCUACUGUACGGACUUCUCUUAUAGGCAUCUAAUAAUGCCUAUUUACGAUUACAUUUUUUAUGUAAAUCAGUACCUUUUUGCCAUCGCAUAAUGAUUUCGUGCUUGGUAAUGGAAGAAACGAAUAUGUUAUUCAUUUAUUAAAGUCGUAAAAAUGACAACAUUAUAUCGCCUAUGUUCUUCGUGAAAUUAUUAUCAAAAAUUUCAUUCGCGGAGAAAUAUGUUAUCGGACAAGCUCGAUCAGUUUCUUUUAGGGUGGAUUUUAAUCGGAGUACAUAUAACGCGAAGUCAAUUGAUGAUCAGACCAGUUUACGUUUACAAACACGUUAUACGCGGGAUGCACGAUUACUUUAAUAAUACGUGCAUUAUACUUUUACACGACACUCCAAAUGUUAUCGAGAGUACAGAUUUGAACGAGGCGGAAGAAUUGUUGGCACUUCAGAGGUAUCUCAGUGGUACUCUUCAUAUUCGUACGGCCAUCAUGGAUUUUCAUAUGUUCAAGACACGAGUGGGUACAAGCUAUUAUCACAUAAAAAGGCCACUCUUCGUUUUAUUGAAUGAUUACAACGAUACGAGGGACGAGCUGGCACGUCAGGUUUCUACGUGGCUGGCAAUGGAGUAUCCAACCUGGUUGCUCUUCUUCAGGAACGAGACCCAAAUCGAGAUGUUUUUUCGUAACAUUUAUAUACCGUUCAAUUGCCAAUUGAUGAUAACUCGAAACAAUAACAACGAUGAGAUGAUCUUUGAGGUCUAUCAAAUUGACAAACAAUCGAAGAUCAGGAUAAUGGAUUUUGGCUCUUGGGAUAGAAUAAAUGGUUUCAAAGGACCUACGUUGGGCCUCUAUCAAAGGAGGAAUGAUCUUCAUGGGCAUAAUAUACGCGUUGUCAUGACCCACGAUCCUCCGGUAUCCCUGAUAUAUCGUAACGAGAAGAACGAGAUAAUUAAAGUGGGUGGUUUCUUCGGGGAGUUGAUGAAGUUACUGCAGGAAGGCAUGAAUUGCACAUUGACUUACAUAGAAACAGAUUCUUGGGGUUUAAAUCUAUUAAACGGAACGUGGACCGGUGCCAUAGGGAUACUGGUAAAAAACGAAGCUGAUAUCGCUGGCAUGGAGUUAAUGAUGACGUCUGACAGAUUGGAUGCCAUCUCCUUCACUACUCCGGUUUUCUCCACAAAAUGCCGUACAUUCAUCAAAAGACCGGAUUCUACGUCUAUCAAAUGGCGAGCUUACACAGCACCUUUCGAUGCCUACAUUUGGUACUUUAUAGGCUUGCUGAUACUAUUGAGCAGUGGAAUGAUAUUGAUGAUAAAAAUCGUGGUUAAAUUGGUAUCCUAUAACGAGGACUCGGAACACUCACCGUCGACAUUUUCGGAGAUAAUGUUUUAUGUUUUCGGGGUAUUUUGUAGUCAAGGUAUGGAACAAUCGCUGUUAGAUCCAAUUCGCAUGGUACAAUUCGUUAUCCACUUAACCGCCGUUAUCGUUUUGGCCGCUUACUCGGCGGCGCUCAUUAGUUUCCUGGCUAUCAAGACUUUUGUUAUGCCUUUCACGACCAUGGAGGGUCUUCUCAAGGAUGGUACCUAUCGAUUUGGAGUUAUUCAAGAAUCCGCGGAUUAUUCCUUCUUUCAAAAUACAACGGAUAAAGUGCUCAGCGUAUUGUUUGCUAAUUUAUUAAGAAAAGAGACCGAUUUGCCUAUCAAUUAUCUCGAUGGUCUGAGCCGUGUUUGCAAGAUAGACAAGUAUGCCUUCAUGGCGAUGGAUAAUAUUGCAGCGGAAUUGCAACCAAAGCUUAGUUGCAGUUUGGAAUCUCUCGACACCAUAACGCAAACGACCAUAGCUAUGGCAGUCCCUAAUAGAAGCCCAUACGACGGUAUUAUCAAUACCAACAUUCUGACGUUGAGAGAUAGUGGAAUACUUCAACGUUUGCUUAACACCGAAUGGUCCAAUCAAUUUACAAAGCCUAAAAGCUCUUGGACGUCGGUCGAGCUUUUCGACAUGGUGCCGCUAUUAAUUUUCAUGUUUUGUGGCUCCGUCAUUAGUUCCUUUUUACUUUCUUUAGAGUAUAUGGUACAUCGACAAGUCGCGAAUAAUAAGAAACUGCGAAUCGUACGAAAGAGACGUGUGAAGAUAUUUUAAUAUUACUUUUUUAAAUAAUUUAAACGAGAGUGAACAAUAUGAUUAAUCAUCUUUGUGUGCAUGAUCGGUCCGUGAAGAGGAAUAAACUUUUUAUUUGUUUUUUUUUUGUUAUACUUUGAGAUACGUAUAUAAAUAUAUAUAUAUAUAUAUAUAUAUAUAUAUAUAUAUAUAUAUAUAAAAUCCGUCGGCAAAAAAUUGCUCGACAAAUUCGGUGUUUACUUUUCAAUAAUAUUUAGAACGUUCGAGAGCUCAGCGAAGAUCGGUUCGUCCUUCUGAUUUAUUUUGCUGUAGACAUUUAUCUCUCUUGUGUACGUUUAACGUGUACGUGUAGUUCUUGAUUAUUAAAUUACGUUGUACGCUC